UGGUGAACUGAACCGGGGUUGAUGUGUCAGUGCUGUUAGCUGCGGCCUGGAAACAACCAUGCGAGCUUUCUUCGGUGUGUUGGCGUGCUCCUUGACGGUCCUCUCUGUCCACGGACUCUACUCUGCCAGUGACGACGUGAUUGAGCUCAAUCCUUCGAACUUCAACAGGGAGGUUCUGCAGAGUGACAGUUUGUGGCUGGUGGAGUUUUACGCCCCCUGGUGUGGACACUGCCAGAGCCUGGUCCCAGAAUGGAAGAAAGCAGCCACAGCUUUGAAGGGUGUUGUUAAAGUGGGAGCUGUUGAUGCAGACCAACACAAGUCACUGGGAGGCCAGUAUGGAGUUCGUGGUUUCCCCACCAUCAAGAUCUUUGGUGCUAACAAGCAUAAGCCUGAGGACUACCAAGGUGGACGCAGCAGUCAGGCGAUCGUCGAGGCGGCUCUGAAUGCAGCGCGAUCUCUAGUGAAAGACCGACUGAGUGGAAAGUCUGGAGGUUCUGACUACAGCAGACAGAGCUCUGGUGGUGGGAAUAAGAAAGACGUGGUGGAGCUGACCGACGAUAACUUUGACCGCAUGGUUUUGGACGGCGAUGCUGUGUGGAUGGUGGAAUUCUUUGCGCCUUGGUGUGGACACUGUAAAAAUCUCGAGCCCGAAUGGACCGCUGCAGCUACUCAGGUCAAAGAGCAGACCAGUGGUAGAGUGAAGCUGGGAGCCGUAGACGCUACUGUUCAUCAGGGUCUGGCAAGCCGCUACGGAAUCAAAGGAUUCCCUACCAUUAAGAUCUUCCGAAAAGGAGAGGAACCGGAGGACUACCAGGGCGGACGCACACGCUCGGACAUCAUUGCCCGUGCCAUUGACCUUUUCUCAGACAACGCCCCUCCUCCAGAACUACUAGAGAUUUUGAAUGAAGACAUUUUGAAGAAGACCUGUGAGGAUCAUCAGCUGUGUAUUAUUGCUGUUUUGCCUCAUAUUCUAGAUACAGGUGCGGCAGGUAGAAAUGCCUAUCUGGAAGUCAUGAUGAAGAUGGCUGAGAAGUACAAGAAGAAGAUGUGGGGCUGGCUGUGGACUGAAUCUGGAGCUCAGAUGGAACUUGAGGCCUCUUUGGGGAUCGGUGGUUUCGGCUACCCAGCCAUGGCAGCUAUUAACGCUCGCAAGAUGAAGUUUGCUCUUCUUAAAGGCUCGUUCAGCGAGACAGGAAUCUAUGAGUUCUUAAGGGAUCUCUCUGUCGGGCGUGGCUCCACUGCCACAAUAACAGGCGGGGCUUUACCCAAGAUCCACACUGUAGAAGCCUGGGACGGGAAGGAUGGAGUCCUUCCUGUGGAGGAUGACAUUGACUUGAGUGAUGUGGAUCUGGAUGACUUGGACAAGGAUGAAUUAUGAGUUCAUAGGCUGUGCAAGGCUUGUCCAGUUUGAACCUGCCUCUCCUCUCCCAUGGAUGAGGGGAAAACUGGGACAUUAAAGUUACUGAACACUCUUGAAAACAAAGACUCACAAUGUCUCACUUUUAACUUCUCUCCAAUCGUUUGCAAUGAGGCGGGAUCGGGAUUUAAAUCAUGGUCGCUUUAGCUUUGCCUUACAGGCCUCCUUUCUGUUUGAUCGGUUGACUGUUUGGAUGUCGAACAGAAUCGUCACUUCACUUUUCCCUGUCCAGCUGUACCCACUACACAUAGCUUCAGAAUUAGGUUUGUUUGCUGUGUUCCUACCCAGCCCUGUGGUCCUCCAAUGGUGUCCAUUCCUCAGUGAACAAUGACUAAAACCGGAUAAACUCUUAAUUAACGGGGGGAAAGUAGCUGACCCAGGACGUUCACUGAGGAGAGGAAACUACUCUAGGUUCCCGGAUGCAGUCACGAACGCUUUAUAUAGCGUGUCCUGGAUUUCACCUGCUGUUUCCCCUGUUGAACAUCCCUAUUCAUUUUCCCCUUCCAAUGUGACGUACUUCUUUUUUUUUUUUUUUUUUUUUUGUUAGCAUUUCCUUUGAAAAGUGACUCAGUACAUCUGCUUUCCACUGUAUUUGUGCUGGGCAGGGAGUAAAGUGGGAGCUGUGUAGAUUUUUACGAGUGCUCAAUGUUUUUUUUGUUAUGAAAAUAAUAAUAAAAAAGGAACACGGA